CUUCCGGUAAACAUGGCGACGCAAACAGCGGCAGUGAAUCACAAUCCAAACAUCCCGGAAUACGAACACGGCGAUGGAAAUACAAGAACGUUCCACAUCGACUCGUUCAGAAAGGAAUGGCUGAGCAGACUAAAAUCGUCAGACUACUGUUACCAUCCGGAAGAUGAAGACGCCUUUCACGCCAACUUUGCCCAUGAGAUGGGGGUCAGCACCGACCUAAUGCGGGAACUCAAAGAUGUCUGCAGCACUGCGGCACUGCAUUGCCAUCCUGAGGACCAGCAGCCUGACCCGGAAGUCGUACCUGAUGACGCAUUGCUGAAAACCCUCGUUGAAAGGAAGAAGCAUCAAGACUACAAAUCGUCCCUUAAAAUUGGCAAGAGCAGACACGACCUUUAUGCAGAUGAGCAGGCACGACUGUCCAUUGGGAUGAGACCAGAGGUGCUGGAAAAUCUAAUCCCCGAGGGAGAGGUCAUUCUGACAAUCAACGUCUACUACCCGGCUACUUUUGAAAAGUUUGUCUAUGUCAGACCCCACGUGACGCUGCUGCUGCUGGGCUCCCAAAGCCUGACGGAGCUCAGGGACGCCAUCUGCUGCGCCAGCGACUUGCAGGUGUCCGGAGAGUUAAGCAACACACCCGAAAUGGCACCGGACUUUAUCAGCAAAGAUCACUUCAAGUCGGCCUUCUUUUUCUUUGAAGGAGUGUUCUAUAACGACAUGCGAUAUCCUGAGUGUCGUGACAUCAGCGAGACGACGAUCAAAUGGGCAAAGGCCAACAACUUCCCACCGUACCGCCAGGCCAAGAUGGAGGACACAAAGUUUGUUGAUCUGAAGGUCAAAGUGGGCUUCCCGUAUCUCUACUGUCAUCAGGGAGACUGCGAGCACGUUGUCAUCAUCACAGACGUAAGGUUAACUCACAAAGACGACUGCCUGGACCGGAAGCUGUACCCACUCUUGACACACAAGCACCGGGUCACGGUGCAGAAGUGCGCCGUUUGCUACACCUUCAUCGGCAGGUGGUGCACCACCAGUGACCAGUUCGCCCCAAGUAACCCAUGUCUGUUUUGCGACAAGUGUUUCCGCAUGCUGCACUACGACAAAGACGGAAACAAGCUGGGAGAUUUCCUGGCUUAUCCCUAUGUGGACCGUGGCGCUUUCAACUAACACUGCAUCAUGGUCAUACUGGUGCAUCUCAAUAAAUUAGAAUGUUGGGCAAAAGUUACUUAAUUUCAAGAGUUCAAUACAGACGAAGAGGCCAAUUAAAGGCUCAGGCUUUGGAGUUCAUACGCUAAUUGGAGUGCAAACCAGCAGUGUAUUAUUUUGAUUUUUUUGACAAUUUACUUUUUUAUUUCAUGAGAUACUGAUUUUUUUAAUUAGCUAUAAUUAUCAAAAUGAUUAAAUAAAAAAAUACAUUGUUAAAAUAUUUCACUCUGUGUAGUGAAGCGUUUCAAACUACUGAAAUAGUAAUACAGGAACUUUUCAAAGAUAUUCUAAUUGAGAUGCACCUGUAUAUGUUCAUUAAGUGUUUUUGUUUUGCACAAUUUAUAUUUCUAAGAGACUUGCAAUAAAAAAAGUUCAUUUUUCAGAGCUU